AUGGCCACGGUCAUCCCCGGCCCCCUGAGCCUAGGCGAGGACUUCUACCGCGAGGCCAUCGAGCACUGCCGCAGCUACAACGCGCGCCUGUGCGCCGAGCGCAGCCUGCGCCUGCCGUUCCUCGACUCGCAGACCGGCGUGGCCCAGAACAACUGCUACAUCUGGAUGGAGAAGACGCACCGCGGGCCUGGUUUGGCCCCGGGACAGAUCUACACCUAUCCCGCCCGCUGUUGGAGGAAGAAGCGGAGACUCAACAUCCUGGAGGACCCCAGACUCCGGCCCUGCGAGUACAAGAUCGACUGUGAGGCACCCCUGAAGAAGGAGGGCGGCCUCCCGGAAGGGCCGGUCCUCGAGGCUCUACUGUGUGCUGAGACAGGGGAGAAGAAGAUUGAGCUGAAGGAGGAGGAGACCAUUAUGGACUGUCAGAAACAGCAGUUGCUAGAGUUUCCGCAUGAUCUCGAGGUGGAAGACUUGGAGGAUGACAUUCCCAGGAGGAAGAACAGGGCCAAAGGAAAGGCAUAUGGCAUCGGGGGUCUCCGGAAACGUCAAGACACCGCUUCCCUGGAGGACCGAGACAAGCCGUAUGUCUGUGAUAUCUGUGGGAAACGGUAUAAGAACCGGCCGGGCCUCAGCUACCACUACACCCACACCCACCUGGCCGAGGAGGAGGGCGAGGAGAACCCCGAACGCCACGCCCUGCCCUUCCACCGGAAAAACAACCAUAAACAGUUUUACAAAGAAUUGGCCUGGGUCCCUGAGGCACAAAGGAAACACACAGCCAAGAAGGCACCUGAUGGCACUGUCAUCCCCAAUGGCUACUGUGACUUCUGCCUGGGCGGCUCCAAGAAGACAGGGUGUCCUGAGGACCUCAUCUCCUGUGCAGACUGUGGGCGAUCAGGACACCCCUCGUGUUUACAGUUCACGGUGAACAUGACGGCAGCUGUGAGGACCUACCGCUGGCAGUGCAUCGAGUGCAAGUCCUGCAGCCUGUGUGGCACCUCAGAGAACGACGGUGCCAGCUGGGCGGGUCUCACCCCCCAGGACCAGCUGCUGUUUUGUGAUGACUGCGAUCGGGGUUACCACAUGUAUUGCCUGAGUCCUCCCAUGGCAGAGCCCCCAGAAGGGAGCUGGAGUUGUCACCUCUGCCUUCGGCAUCUGAAAGAAAAAGCCUCUGCCUACAUCACCCUCACCUAGGCCUGGCUCUGCCUCACCUGGACCUUGAGGGUGCUGCUUGCCAACCUGCCUGAGCUC